AAAUGAGUUUCGUCUAUAAAUAGAGAAAACGCAGCGAAGUUCCCCUCGCUGCAGUUCUUGGCUGUUUCUCUUUCUCUCUCUUUCUCUCUCUCUCAAAAACACUCUCCGCGUGCAAACAGAGUCUCCUGCAUUGUAUUGGAACCUUGAGAGAAGGAAGAAGAUGUCAGACGCGUUCUGCAGCGACUGCAAGAAGCAGACGGAGGUUGUGUUCGACCACUCCGCCGGCGACACCGUCUGCUCCGAGUGCGGCCUCGUCCUCGAGUCCCACUCCAUCGACGAGACCUCCGAGUGGCGUACCUUCGCCAACGAGUCGGGCGAUAACGACCCCAACCGUGUCGGCGGUCCCUCUAACCCUCUUCUCACCGACGGCGGCCUGUCUACCGUCAUCGCCAAGCCCAACGGCUCCGGCGGCGAGUUCCUCUCCUCCUCCCUCGGCCGCUGGCAGAACCGCGGUUCCAACCCCGAUCGCGCCCUCAUCCUGGCUUUCAAGACCAUCGCCACCAUGUCCGACAGGUUGGGACUGGUUGCGACCAUCAAGGAUCGGGCUAAUGAGAUAUAUAAGAGGGUUGAAGAUCAAAAGUCUAGUAGAGGAAGAAAUCAGGAUGCUUUAUUGGCUGCUUGUCUCUACAUUGCUUGCCGACAAGAAGACAAACCUCGUACUGUUAAGGAAAUUUGCUCUGUUGCCAAUGGGGCCACAAAGAAGGAAAUUGGCCGAGCAAAAGAGUACAUAGUAAAACAGCUGGGUUUGGAGAAUGGUCAGUCUGUGGAGAUGGGUACAAUACAUGCAGGGGACUUUAUGAGGCGAUUCUGUUCUAAUCUUGGUAUGAAUAAUCAAGCUGUUAAAGCUGCUCAGGAAGCUGUGCAGAAAUCAGAAGAAUUUGAUAUAAGGAGGAGUCCCAUAUCAAUUGCUGCAGCAGUUAUAUAUAUCAUAACUCAGCUUUCUGAUGAUAAGAAGCCUCUUAAAGAUAUAUCAAUUGCCACAGGCGUUGCUGAAGGAACGAUUAGGAACUCCUACAAGGAUCUUUACCCCCAUGUUUCAAAAAUAAUACCAAAUUGGUAUGCGAAGGAGGAGGAUUUAAGGAGCCUUUGCAGCCCUUGAAUUGUAGAGCAAAACAUUACCAUCAAUAUUUUAACAAGUUAAAAGUUAUGUCAUUAGAGAGCAUUUUGUUUCCUAUGUAACUGAACUGUUUAUUAAAAAAUCGAAGUGCCUUUUUUUUA